AUGAAUAUAAGAAGUAUCCGAGAGACAAUCUCGCUACUCAUUAAAGCCAAUAUCCAAAAAGAAAAGUUCUUCAUCAGAGCCACAGAUACCAACGACGCAACCGUCCGAACUGACACAAUCAACACGCACACGCAAGUAACAACAGCUCUAAAAGCCGCAAAGGUCGAAUACUUUACGUACACACCAAAGUCGCUAAGACCAAAACCCAUCGUACUCAAAGAAAUAGCCGGAGACUACAACAAAGACGAUAUACUAGAGGAACUGAAAGAAUUAAAUCUACCGAACACAAAAAUCGACAGAGUCACACAACUCAAAACAAACAAUGAAAACCAACAAAGAAAAAUAUAUAUCGUACAUCUGACACACGACAGCGAACUCACGCAUAUUAAAAAUAUAAAAUUCCUAGCGCAUCAGAAAAUCCGGUGGGAACACCUCAAGCGAAGUGCAAUACACCAAUGCAGUAACUGCCAGCGCCUGGGACACGCCAGCAUAAACUGGCACAUGCCAUACAGAUGCGUAAAACGCAGCGAUAACCAUGCACCCGGAGAAUGCACUAUUACAACCGAAACCGACAAACAAAAACUACGCUGUGCAAACUGCAGCAGCACAGGACACCCAUCCAGCUAUAAGGGAUGUCCGUACUACAAAUUCAUUAUCAAGAUAAUCCGAGCCAAUAAUACAACUAACCAGAAACAAACAGCACAAAAGCUACACACAGCACAUAGGACGAUAAAGCAAGGCCUCUCUUUCGCACAGGCAACAUCAAAUAAAACAACUCAACAAAUCCCGCAUACCACACAAUAA